UUUACGAAGAAGGCUGAGCUCCUCUGACAAAAACAAGGGCUGGGACUGCUGCGAGAGGAGCAGUGUGUCUGAUGCACAUUCAGCACAGGCUCUUGCUCCAUUAUACACGUUUUGUAUAUAUUUGUGUUUCUGUGCUUUAGAGAGAAACGAGGCGCAUCAUGUUGUCUGUGAAUUCAGCCCGUCAGCUCUGCAGGAUGUUUUUCUCUCUGCACGUUGUUUUCCUGAGCGUGGCCAUCGUGGAGAGCAGUGCAUCAAAUGGAGAUCAAAGAGACUGCAUGACAUCCAGAGGUGUGGAUUACAGAGCAGAAGAACAGAGCUCCUCCACAGGUCUGACCUGCCUGAACUGGACCAACACAACCAGAGACUAUGAUGUUAACAUCCAUCCUGAUUCACAGACAGGUGUUGGAGAUCACAAUUACUGCCGAAACCCAGACUCCUCCGACAGGCCUUGGUGCUACAUUGCUGGCCCAGAUGGAACAAUCCAGAGACAAUUCUGCACAAUUGAGCCAUGCAAAGAGGAGACCUCGGCGGUGCCAGCGGAAGCCAAAUCCUUCAACCCAGCAGGAACCACUCCCUCCACAGAGAUCUUCCAGUCGGCCAGGUCACGAGCUUCUCAGGGAGAAGUUGCAGCUGUGCAGCCGGUGAUGGGAAUCAGCCAGCGAGUUCGCACGGCACCUAAAAAGAAGAAGGACCUCGGCACUCUGGGCUACGUCCUCGGCAUCCUCAUGAUGGCGAUUAUCAUCGUCCUGGGAGUUGGCAUCACUUUGGGCUACUUCUAUAAGAGGGGUCGGGACUUGAAGAAGCAGCAUGAGCAGCGGGUCUACGAGCGUGAGAUGCAGAGGAUCACGCUGCCCCUGUCAGCUUUCUCCAACCCCACCUGUGAGUUGGUAGAUGAAAACACUAUCGUAAUCACAGCGGAGCACGAGACCACCCCUGUCCAGGAGGGCGUGGAGGGCGGAGACCCUCUGAUGGGCCAGCAGGCCGGCACCCCCGGAGCAUGAGUUAGCAUGUCAUCCUGACUCAGGACUGUGAUGCAUUUUUUUUGUGGACCAAAAAAAAAAAACCUCUCCCAUCUCCCUGUUUCUCCUUUUCCACCUCCCAGAAUAACCUGUUUCUGAGGCAGUAGGGGAGCAGUGUUGGCUCCAAAGACUUGAACUGAGUGCAGUGUCCUUUGUGUCCCUUUUUCCUUAAUUUUUUUAUUUUUUACAUGAGUGAGGCACAAACAAGAUAAGCUGACACACAAUGGACACAGUCUGAACAACUAAAAAGCCAUCAAGGUGAAAUUGUUGUCAAUUAAGCUAUGUUACGAGGUCUUUAAAAUUCAUAUCUGAAAGCCAAGAAAAUAAGGUCACUGGCUGUCCUCUUUAAAACAUCAAGUCAAGGAUAGUCAGUGUUUAUAAAACUUCGUGAUGAAGCCAAUUCUUUAUCAAGAGAUAGUGUUUGGAAUCGGGAAAUGUUUGUUUUUCACACGAGGUGCGGUUAUAUGAUAUGACUGGGUGAUGGGUUUUCAUUUGUAUUGACCCACUGGCUGUGCCGACGGAGACACGGAGGAGACACGUGUUUGUACAAAGACUGCUUUGUCUCAGAGUUACUGGUGGCACAGAUGUGUGUCCAAAAAUAGUCGUCCUGCUCUGAGAAGACAGGAUGAGGGAGCAUGAGGUAAAAACAGGCCCGCUAAAGACAAGGGAAGGCCUCCAACUCAGAAAAACUGCCUUAGCAUGAUACUUCUGAAUGUAUUUGCGUAUUUUCUUGUGGAUUUUUUGUCUUUUUCCUCAAGUGACGGGCCAAUGCAGUUUAAAAGCAUCGACAGUGGUCAUUGGCAGACCUGAAAGAAGACGUGCCCUUUUCUUCCACAGGUUAAGGAGUGACAGGAACUAAAACAGAGCGCUCUCAGGACGCAUGGGAGACAGUAGUUAGUCCUCAGGACAAAACAGCACUGCCACAACACAGAACAGAUGGGAUCAGAAUAAGAAAGAAAAAGGUCUGUCUUUGCAGUGCAGGACAGUGUGUUGAAGUGCUGAAGAAGCCUUAGAUUCAGACAUUUGAGAUGCAUUUGAUGCUUCAGAAUAGAGAUGUGAAUGGAGCACAAUAGAAACAGUCCAAAGUUUGCUGUUGUUCACCUAAAAUAUUCUAAAAAAAACAUGAAUGCAUGUAUAAUAUGGUUACCUGCUGUAUGUUUGCCGUUCAGGGGCCCCUUUUUUGCAUCCUAAAAAGUAGAACUGUUCAUUGAAAAAGACAUUUAGAUGAAUACCUGCCUGACGAUAGAAACCAUUGUACACACAAGACUUUAGUUGCACUUGAUGCACCAUUACUUGUCACUGUAUUAGCAGUUUGUUUGUUAGCAUUCGACCACUCCAGACAGUCUUGUUUUGUGAUUACUGCUGGAUCCAUUUCACUGGUAAUCUUUGGUUACUGCUGCUCCAUUGUUUGAAGUGUCUGUGUGCUGGAUGUAAUUAUUUUCUUCAUUAUAGCAAUGUGUUGAAAUACUACUGUUCAGCAUUUGAAUUUAGUACUUGUAUUUGUAUGGAUGCAGAUUUUCAUUGCGGAGACUGAAAUAAAACAUCAAACACCAAAA